CAAAACUACUUCAAACUCUCUCUCUCUCUCAGACAAACAUCAACCUUAAGCUUUGCAAAUCCAAAACCAUCUGGGAAUUAUGGUGGGUGAAUCAGGGCUGUUGAUAUGAAUCUCUCGAACUCUUCAGCGACUUCUUUGUCCUCCUUAUCGUCUUCGUCUUCGUCUUCGUCAUCCUCAACAACGAGUUCUUGGCUCUCCAGCAUUGUGCGACUCCGGUCAGACCGGCCUGGGAGCAUCAAGAUGGGCAGAAACCCCACCGUCGGUGAUGGUGCUGAAAUUACAGGUCCGGUUGUGCGGAAGAACCAGUGGCGUGGUGUGCUCUUCAAGUACGGGCCUAAGCCUAUUCAGGUUGCAUUUAAAACAGGUGAUCAUAAACAACAAGUAAUUUUUAUUGGUGGAUUAACUGAUGGUUUUCUGGCGACAGAAUACUUGGAACCUCUUGCAAUUGCCCUGGAGAACGAGAAGUGGGCACUUGUUCAACCACUUCUCUCAUCCUCAUAUAGUGGAUUUGGCACCUCCAGCUUGCAACAAGAUGCGAAGGAGCUUGAUCAGCUGGUCAGUCAUUUAAUAAACAAAGAAGAUUCUGAAGGUGUGGUACUACUGGGGCAUAGUACUGGUUGUCAGGAUAUUGUGCAUUAUAUGCGUACAAAUGCUGCUUGCUCUAGAGCUGUCCGUGCUGCCAUAUUACAGGCUCCUGUCAGUGAUCGGGAAUAUAGAGCAACUCUUCCAGAAACAGCUGCUAUGAUUGACUUGGCUUCUACCAUGAUAAGUGAGGGCCGCGGGUCAGAAUUAAUGCCAAGGGAUGCAGAUCCAACUUCACCCAUAACUGCUUAUAGGUAUCACUCCCUCUGUGCAUAUAUGGGAGAUGAUGACAUGUUCAGUUCAGACCUUAGCGAUGACCAGCUGAGAAUGAGACUUGGCCACAUGUCUAACACACCUUGCCAGGUAAUCUUUUCCAUGGCAGAUGAGUAUGUGCCAGAUUAUGUGGAUAACAAAGCAUUGGUUGAAAGAUUGUGCAGAGCAAUGGGUGGUGCAGAGAAAGCUGAAAUCGAACAUGGGAAUCACUCCCUCUCUAACAGAGUUGAUGAAGCUGUCCAGGCCAUAAUUGAUUUUGUUAAAAGGGAGGGACCUAAAGGUUGGGAUGAUCCAUGGAAGUAGUGUAGUUUUUUUUUUUUUUUUUUUCAUCUUCAUGAUUUCAUCUUUUUUUUGUUAUUCUCAUGUAUUUGCUCUCUUUGUUGCUGUCAGCUAUUUCAAUUUCUUUCUCCUAUAUAUGAGAGGGUGGGGAAAUCUUAUUCUUAUUCUUAUUCUAUUUAUUGGAGGCAUGAUUUUAGUUUGCAUCAGCAGACUUUUGUGAAUGAAGGGAACUUAGUUUCGGCAUUAA